UCAAAUCAACUCAAGCAAACAGUUGAAUCUUACUUAAGUUCAAAUUGGUUUUAGUAUUAUUUAUUUCAUCGUGGAAUGAAUCACAAAAUAAACAAGUGACCCAGGAAACGCUAAAAGGUGAAUUGGCUGUGGUAAAAAGAAAUCUGAAUACCUACUUAUAAACAUACGUCAAUUAUGGAUAACACAAGUUUUGAACCUAUGGAUGUUGAUGUAAGUGCUAGUUCAACUGCAUUAAUGGACGUUUCGUAUGAUGAGUCUCAGGUUUCUUCAGUGGAAGUUAAAGAAAAAAAACCAACACCAGCAUACAGUGUAAAGGUAUAUCACUUAGUGAAGAAAACUGAUAAAAAUUCUUACAACAAAUCACAUUUUGUUGUAUCACUCAUUGUGAUCAUAUCAUUGUCUAUAUUCACUUAUCAAUUUUUAAAUAUAAAUUGUAGCGGUGAGUUAGAUUCCCAUUAUCUAAAGGAAAAACUUUAUAAAAGAGUUUAUGGGCAAUAUACGGCUGUGACUGAUAUUGUUAAUGCAAUUGAUAAUGAAUCUAGAACAAAAAUCUUAUUUUUUUAUGGAGGCACUGGUGUUGGAAAAACUUACACUAUAUCAUUAUUGCUAGAAAGUAAGUGGAACUAUACAAAUGUUUACCAUUAUACCAUGCCUAGUUUUGUAUCUACUUUUACAACAGAAUUGAUGAUUGGCUUGACAAUGUGUAAUACAGCUGUAUUUGUGGUUGAUGAUCUAAUACCAGCUGAUCUGAUACAUAUAAAAUCCCACAUUACAGAAAUUGUUCAAAAGAAUAAUGAAAUGAAUAAGAAAAUUAUUGUUAUAAUGGUUUUUAAUUGUGAUAACUCAGAUGGAGAUUAUAUAAGAAAGUGUGAUGCUGCUUUUUAUAAAGAAAUUGAAAAUAGUUUCAACAAUGUUAAUGCUUUCAAACAAUAUGUGAAAUUUGAAGAACUCUCUGAACAACAUUUGAAGAAAUGCAUUGAAGAUGAAUUGGGUGAAAGACUAGAUGCGGUCAGAUUUAAGAAUAUUUUGCAAAAUUUCAAUGUAUCUGUGGAUGGAUGUAAAGGAGUAAACAAGAAAAUAAAAAUGUUAAGUAGUUUAUGAGGUAUGAAUUUAACUGAAUUUAGUAGUUAUCUAUUGUAAUAAUUCUGUAUUAUGUAGGUAGUGGUAGUGGUAAUGUAGUAAUAGUAACAGCUGUAGAUUAUUUAAGAAUUAUUUGUUAUUAGAAUUUUUCACUUUAAAAAUUGUGAUAUUAAAUAAGAAAUUGGAAUAAAAUAUAUUUUAGAUCAAAAGAACUUUAUUUUAGAGAAUGUUACAUGAUAAUCGGCAAUGCAGAGGUUCAAGAAAUUAUGUCGAAUACAAAUAUAUUAUUGACAACUCUUUAAAACAUCUACACUUUCACAUUUGGAAAAUAUUCUACAUCAAACUUAGCUUCAAUGUAAAAAGACCAAAUUCUAAAUGAAAUUUUUGGUGCACAUGGAAUAUAUAAGGAAAUACUUGUAAUCUAACUAGAAAAUUCAAAGUAACUCCACAUACACAAGCAAGGGUGCAUAUUGAUUGAAUUUUGACUAUAAACACAUUCUUCCUCAUACAAAUAGCCUAAUAAUGAUUUUAAUACAAUGCUGAUAAUAUAGGCUUAAAAAUAAUACCCCUUACCAUUCAGAACACUCAUUAUUUAUAAUGCAAAAGUACAUAAUUAUUUCAACCAAUUAUAUUGCUAGCUGAAUGGUCAAAAUUUUAUAAAUACAAAUUUACCAGUAAUUAUUUCAUGCAAUAUUUCAAAUAACAUAACAAUGAAAUAAUUAAAUAUUACCUAUAUUCUAAAUAUUGAAAACUGUUACAACAUUGCACUGCACCCAUAUAAUCUAUUCAAUUAGUUAAUUCCAGUGAAACCAUUUGAUACACAUAAAUCUUUGAGCAUAAUGUAAAUUUUUGCUUUAUUUUUAAAAAAAUCUUGUUUAAUAUAUUUUCCAAUGAUAGUCAUCCAUGUGUCCUCAAAUGGUAUCAGUGUUUGAUAAAUUGUAAGUACAAUAAUUAUUUAUUAAAAGUAACAAAUGUAACUAUAUAGUGUAGUUAUUGUUUAAGAUAUGAAAAAAGCAGCCAAUAGAAAAGAGUUGGAAUAUAAUUUUAGAAAGCUCUCCUAAAUGUAAGCCAGUGAGAUAAAUGCAUGUAAACAGGUAAACGUGCACUAUUAACAACAGGAGAGCCAUGUAAUGAUUCCAAUAAAAAUUCAAAUAUUUUGAACCGGGUAAAAUUUUUCUAUAUUGUUUGUUAUUUGGAACACUGUAGAGGAAGACAAUACACAGUGGUUUCUUAUUAAAAUAUUUCAUGAUUGAAAUGUUUUUAAAACUGGAAGGCACAGUCAAUGGCAGAGAACCUGACCACCCACUGUUUAUU